AACAACGUUCGUGGGAUUCUGACGUCACGGCAUGAAAGCAUGAGGGCUCUUAUCAAAAUUAAGGAAAGGCGACUGUGUCGAUAAACAAUUAUAUUGCGAAAGAACAUGUGCAUACGCUCCACCUUCACUCCGGCAAUAACAAUGAACGUUUCGGAUGUUCUGAAUUGAUCACGUUAUAAACGGAAGAUAACAGUUCUAUUGUAAGAAAAUUAUGGAGGAAAAUAUGUAAUAUUACGAGCAUAUUUAACAAACAUUCUGGAGUACAACACACAUACAUUCAGAAGAGUUGACAUGCACGGGGUAUCGAAGUUUUGGUUAGCCGCCCUGCGACCGAAAAGUAAAGCAACGCAUACACUAUUUAUACUGGUUUUUAUUAUUGGAGUUUUAGAGGCCGAUUUUAUAACAUACCCAUCCAGCACGUGGUAUGACGGGUACAUAAAAUGUCGACAAAAUGGUUUGGCCAUGGCUACGGGCUGGGAUAUAACGUCUGACCUUAACAUAGCAUAUCCCAUUUGGAUCAACGCCUUCUCUGUGCGAGCCAACUACCUAGAAAAAUUCUUCAUAUUCGCUAAAAUGCCGAACACUGAAGGGGCCCAUGUUCGUUGUGUGAACAGCACAGCUUUCGUUGGUAAUUCCAAAAACAUGCAGUUUGAGGAAGGACGCAAAUAUUGUCAGAAUCAAAGCAGUGGAUCACAAAUAGAUUUGCCAAUUGUGACUCUUACCAACUUUUACAUGUUUAGAGAGCUUUCUUCUAAAAUGUAUUGGAUACAAGAUGUAGACGUCGGGACAUUUAUAAACUCGGAAUACCUUUCAGUGGAUUGUUUUGUGCUCAAAACCAGAAACGAAUUUGUACCAGAUACCUGUACCAAAAACUAUUCAUAUGCAUGCGUGAAUGUAACUGUUCACGACACUUUACAAUACAUCGAACGCGAGUCGAGAGUGCCAAAGUUUGAUCUGACGUCAUCUAGCACACCCCUGACAUCAUCAGCAGUAACUGUUCACGACACUUUACAAUACAUCGAACGCGAGUCGAGAGUGCCAAAGUUCGAUCUGACGUCAUCUAGCACACCCCUGACAUCAUCAGCAGGCAUUGUUCAUGACACCAUAACAUACACGGGAAACGAGACGGAGGGGCAAAACAACGACCCGACGUCACCGAGCACAUCCGUGACACCAACAGCGGGUAUUUCAGAGUUUGUGACGUCACUAUUUACGUCGGAUACUAACGAUGGCGUUGACUUUACCUAUAGCGCAACAAACAAAUCGUCUGAUUUGAACAGCGACCGUAAAACCAAAGAAGAUGCUAUGAAAUCGUCAACACUUUUAUGGGUUGCAACAACAAUUGGCUCCUGUCUGGCUGCACUUAUCUUCAUCGUCGCCUGUAUAUGUAUCAAGAGGAAACGCGGCAACAACAUUAGAAAAACCUUUCAAAAGAACGAACUUAUACAGCCCUUGAAUAUUCCGCAGGAAGGUUACUACGUCAACAUCGUUGAGAAUGAUGUCAUUUCCGACGAUAUAACAGGGCGUGAGGCAACACCGUACACCUCACUCCAGAUACCAGAAAAGCAUAUGUACACUGCCUUGUUGGAACCUAGCUUCAUGUCAAUAGAAACAUCUUAUGUAAUUGGUCGAAUAGCUAAGAGUGACGUGGUGGAACCCAGCUUCAUUUCAAUAGAAACGUCUUAUGUCAUUGGUCGAAUAGCCGAGAGUGACACUCCAGUUGAUACACAAUCUGAAGUGACCGAAAGACAAGAGAACAAUCACGACAAUCCGGAAAGUGACGAUCCAGGGGACACACAAUACGAUGAUGUUGAAGUGUCGGAAAAUGACUAUACAUGGAAGACAAAUACCGAAUUCGAGGCCACAAUGUCGGAAAAUGACGAUCCAGGGGACCCACAAUACGAAGAUGUCGACGUGUCGGAAUAUGAUGGUACAGGGAAAACAAAUACCGAAUUCGAGGCCACAAUGUCGUCUUUUUUUGUUAAAUAAGGUACACAUUUAAUCAACGAUUCCAAACAGGCAUAGAUGUGGUUGGAACGAACUACGCUUCGACAGAUAAAACUUACCAGGAUGUAAUCCAGCGCAGCUCAUUCCCCAUGACGGUGACUCAUCCUUUCAACAUUCGACCCCCUCAACCCCACAAACAAAUUGCAUCUGAAAUCGAUCACAUAACGGAAAUACGACACAAACACGUAUUGGCAAAAUGAUAACGCAGGUUAAUAAAGUCAUGAGAGUUAGGUUACACACCACGUACUCCUACGUGAAAUGUAAACUUUGAAAAGCAAAUGGGCAUGAAUAUUGUUUACUUAAAACCUAAUUUCGCAAAAAAACGUCAAAAGUUAUUAAAAAGGCUUAAACGCAUUGUGCGUAAUUACUAUGUAAAUAUGUGAAUACUGUAACUUAGAAACACAAAUACCAUGUAAUAAUGUACGUUAAUCAUGAUAUUACAAACGUGUAGAGCUAUUCAACUCUUACAAAUUGUAUUUUUCUAAUUGCUGUUGGUAUGUUUUCUUCUUAUUGUUUUUCCUCAUAAAAUUCUCCUUUAUAGCUAAUUGUACAUAUAGAAACCUUAAGUAUGUGUUAUUUUUGUAAAUAUUCAAAAUAUAUCUAUGUUGUUAUUUUCUCACUAAUAUUUUUUGUAUCGAUUGCCAUUGUCAUAUUUCUUCUUCAACAUAUAUAAAUUCUGCAAAAAGGCAUUAUACGUAAAUGCCCUACCAUGUAUUCACUUGGGCAUGUAAACUCUACUUUUUGUACCUAAAAUAUUUACUUCAUUAAUAUAUUAUUGAUAUAUAACAUGUAUUAAUUAUUAUUAGCCGGUCAUAUAAUGUAUUCGAUUUUGUAUUUAUUCAAAAUAUAUCUAUGGUUUUAUUUUAUCACGCAUAUUUUGUAUCGAUUUUAAUUGCCAUUUUUCUCCUGAAACAUGAUAAUAAAGUAAAAAUUCUGAAACAGGCAUUAUACGUUAAUGUUAUAUUAUUUAUUCACUAGACAUGUUACCUAAAAUAUUUACAUCAUACAUGUUUAAUGUGAUAUAUAACAUGUAUACUUCAUUAUUAGCCGUUAAUAGAAUGUAUGUCUUAUGUGUGUAUUGAAAGCAUGGGUAUAUAUUGCCUUUUUAGUCACAUAAGAUAUAUCUAUCUUUAUUUCAUGUUGUCCAUAACAAAAAACGUUCUGACUUAGUUCAUUCUAUGAUUAAGAUCAUUUGAAGAUUAGACCAUAUAAUGAAGCGCCUAAAAGAGGGGAAUCGGCAUUUUUUCUCCAUGCAUAUAAACGGAAGGUUAACUAAAAAUCCUUUUUGAAGUUGUGGUACUGCAAACAAAGUUUUUGAAGAACAGUUACACAUAUUGAGAGCAAAUUGCUUCUUAACUCCCUUUAAUGCAAGCCCACAGUAACGAUUGAAAGUUUUUUUCCAACACAAAGAGCAAACGAUAAUAAUUAACAACAAACAAUGACUUUAUAUUAAGUAAUCUACCACAUAGGCAUUUUUAUUAAUUUAAUGAACGUAUUUAUGACUUUUUAAUUUGAGGGAUAACAUCAUACAUAUUUUUAUUUUUAGAUAAGUUUGUUUUUAAGUGUUCGUUGUUGUUGUUCAUUUCAAACUACUUUUUAGCGCUUUAUUGUUAUAAUUCAAGGGAAAAUAUGAUCUGUCAUAGAACAAAUUGAGUUGUAAACAUUAAGGGACGUAGCGAACAGGACACGUGUUAUGCUUAUCAUUUUGUCAUUUUUCAUUCUGGUAGAAACGUCCCUUUGCUGAUGAAAGGUUAUAUCUUAGUUAUAUAUUAACUAAGUAGUGCAUAGCAAGAUAUGAAAAUAACAGACUGUAUUAAAUGUGUUUAUAGGCGUUCGAACAACAUGUCUUUACUUGUCUUUUAAACCGGUGAUAUAUGUUUUUAGUUGGUGUUUAGAUCUUUGAAAGCUGUAGAUAUAUAUUUAGGCUUCCUUCACUUUAUUUGUUAAUAAGUUUGUGCUUAAUACAAUGGUGCAAUUUUUUGUUCAAUGGUCAUUUAUCAAUGAAAAUUCUGUUAAUUAUUCUGACAAAUACGUGAGAACCAUUUUAUUGUUUAUGUCCCUAUACCGACAAGGUAUUAAUUGAGAUUGGCAGUAUAGACUAUUACGCAAUAUGUGUAAUCUCGCGCGAUCAAAUCAAUUACUUUGGUUGGUUUGAUUUCAUACUACCGACUUAUUUAUUUUGUGUGAUUCUGUAAGAACAAAAACUAUAUUUGGCUUGAUUCCUAAAGAACAACAACUCUUAUUUGGUUUGAUUCCUAAAGAACAACGACUCUAUUUGGUUUGAUACCUAAAGAACAACAACUUUAUUUGGUUUUAUUUCUUAUGUUUUGGUCGUCAGUAUACUGAUGCGUAAUCACAUGUCUCUAUCUACACUAAGAUAUAUUCAACAAAAAAAUAAUAUUAUUUGUAAAAAAGAGUCAUUCCUUCAAUUCUUUUUUAAUGACUUGUUUUAACACUACAAACAGUGUUUUUAUACGUGUACGUACAAUAAAAUACUUGCUUUGUAAUGUAGUCUGUACUUGAACCUCCGAAUACGUAUAGAGAACAGAACACAUAGAACUGUCUCUGUAGGUAUUUGCGUUCAGACAUGGAAGACUGAAAUCGAAUUCAUCCAUUCUAAUAAACGUUCUUUCUGCUA